UAAAAUCUGCUGCUUAGUUGGAAACAUGCUGUGUUUUCUCCUAUGAGCAGACAUACUGGAGGAGAUUUAUCCAAACCUGUGCAGAGAAAAUGUUGCCCAGUUUCCCAUAGCAAUAAAUCAGCGUGACCAAGCGGAGAACCCGCGAAACGGGACCGUCGUUCCACAAGCUCGGCCGAGCUCUUUUCCUCUCCUCUCUUCCCGACCUUGAUUCCUGUAUUCCAUGUGACCCUUGGAAUAAAGACAUUCUUCUUUGGCAUAAUACCGGUCUUUUUUACCAACACUAAUAAGUCAGACAGAGGAAUGAAUUCAGCAGACGGGACACCCAGCCAGACAUCGGACUGCAGCAGUGUUGUGGAUCUCUCCUGCACAUAUAAUAUAUCACAGAGUGUCUUUGUACAAGAUCUUUCACCUAGAUCUUGGGAAGAAGAAUUCAGCUCCACUGUAACCUCUGCUUCCUCACUGAAAAAUACAGGUUUAAGGAAAAAUUCAUGUGACAAUAAUGAGGAACAACAGCUGGAAGAUGAAAACUCUCAGCUUGUGCCACAAAGCAGUGACGCAUUUACAGUUACACAGCAAAGUGCAGCUACCUUGAACUCCUUCCACAAGCUGGAGACAACCCAAGGCCGCAAUGAUGUACGGAUUGCAACUAGUUUGGAUGCUUUUUAUAAACAAAGCUCUUGGAGUGUAAAAAAGGACACUUUGUCUGACCAGUUAUCAGAGAAAAUAUCAGACUUGAGCAGGAAGCAGCAUUUAUAUGCUUUGCGGAGCUUCCAGUUGGGCAAAAUUGUGUUAAAUCAAGAGGGGGAGAAAAUAUUACAGAACUGUUCAAGCAACAGCUUCUUCUCCCCAGAGCAGAACAAGAAUACUACACCUGUUCCUGGACUUUCUAAAGAUGUGGUCAGCUUCAUCAUGGACCAAAAAAAAAAAGACCCACCUCCGCACCCCAUGACUGACCCUUAGACUCUUACGUGCAGUGCUAGCAGCUGCAGCUAGAUCUGUGUUAAUGAUCAUUGCAGGCUGGUUCUGGAGUUUCCGCUUUAAAGGGGUUAUCCAGGAAAAAACAUUUUUUUAUAUAUCAACUGGCUCCAGAAAGUUAAAAAGA